CUAGGCAAAAGCCGAUUCCGACCGAGGGAGCCGUCUCUAUCGUGGCCUCUCUUCCUGUUCCUGCCCUCCUCCCUUUUUCUCCUAUAUCUACCCAUCUACUUAUCUAUCUAUAUGUUAGAACCCCAAAUGAACACGCUCUCUCUCCGGUGGUCUCUAUGCGUCAGGGAGCCAAGCAGAAUGGAAACCCCCCCCGAGUUCCCCACCCUGUUUACUACCUACCUCGACCUACGUAGCGAGUCCCCGAUGUAUAUAUGUAAUGUACGUAUGGAUGCGUCGGUGGAAAACGUGUCAGGAGGUCAGAUGCUCGUUUCCCCUUCGGCGAAUGAGGGCCGAACCCAACUUGCUUGUCACGAUCUGCUAGUAGGGGGGGGGGAGGGUUUGGGUUUUAUGCAGACCAACUCGGCAUCCCGUCGACGAAUCGAACCGCCUCCCACAGGUGGAGCCCCUCGAAGCCAGGGGAGGGCCAGGUCCAGCGAUGGGCUACACGGGCCCCCCCCUGGGUCGAGCGCCAGAUGCUCUCGGACCGAACAAGCCCAGACGCCGAAGAAGUCGAGAGAGCAAGGGGAAAAGGAAAACCCCCCUGCCUCGUGGGAUGGGAAGCGACUCGCCCCCCCUAGGCUGUCCGCCAUGAUCGCCGCGUCGAGGCUGCUCAGUCGCUGGCGUGGCUGUCGCAAAUCAAUCCCCUCUCCCAGGCCUGGCCCUGUCUGUCAGACAUGGGUAACACAGGACUAUAUAUAUAAUACACAUGGCUGAUUCGCCUAGUAAGAGUUCGCUUGCACGUUUGGCGAUUCUUACGACCCAGUCCAUCUGCCCGCGAGCCAAUCAGACGCGCAAGCCUUUUUUUUGGGGGGGGGGGGGGGGGGG